AUGCAACAGCAAGCAAAAUGUCAACCCUUAAAUCCAGAGCAUGCAGCUCUAAAGGAUGAGUUUAUAAACAAACCAAAGGAGGGAAAGUGUACACCAACUGAAAACAAGACAAUCAAUCAUAAACUCCUGUCAUUUCUUACUCAGUUACGGGGAGAGUUGCUCACAAAAUCUAAAGAAGUUGAAGAGUUGAAGUUGCAGGUUCUCACACCACCAAAGCUGGAGCUGCUAAGAGCACAGAUUCAACAAGAACAAGAGGGCCCAAUAAGACAGAAAUUUAAUCAGCUAGAUGAGGAUAUAGAGAAAUACCGUGAAGAAUACAACAAGCUUCGUUAUGAGCAUGCUUUCUUGAAAUCUGAAUUUGAACACCAGGUAGAAGCGCAUAACCAUAUUUUAGAAGAAAAUAAAAUAUUCUAUGAAGCAGAAAUAGCUAGACUGGAAAAGGAAAAGGAGGAAUUGAAUGCUCAGUUGCUAAAUGAUGAUCCAGUCAAAGAACGAAAUAAAAUGGAAAGUGUUCUGAAUGAAAAUGCACAGUUACAUCAGAGAAUAAAGUGUCUUGAAUCUAAGAUACUUGCAUUAAAAACAGAAAAAGACAGUUGUGGAGCAAAGGCAGAAAAUGCACAAAGAAUGCACAUGCGACAGGUAGCUGAAUCUCAAGCUACUAUUGAGUCUCUCAAAGCAGAAAAGCAUUCAUUGAAAUUGCAGGUGGAUUGUCUUGAGAAGAAACUCCACCUUAGCCAUGAACAAAAUUCUCAGCUGAUUAUUAAACUACACAGAUCAAAGAGAGAUGUUGGCUCCCUCAAUGACAAAAUAAAAGAACUGAGGCAUUCUUACAAUUAUGAACUUGCUAAUAUUAAACUAGACUGUGCCCGUGCAAAGGGAGAGAUUGAAAGAGAACGAGAUAAUCUGCAUAGUGAAAUGCAGGCACUCCGGUCCACUAAUGAAGUCAUGAAAAGCACUAUCAACCGACUCAACGAACAUGUGGCACAGUUAGAAAAAGAAUUAGAAGAAAGACUUCAAAUAACAAAGCUGGGUGACUUCCAGAAACUUACAAAAAUCCAUGAAGAAAAACUGGAGUUGGAAAGUAUGGUGGCUGACCUGGAGGAACAGAAAGCAGCAUAUGAAGCUUUCAGAAGAGCUGAGCAAAAACAAUGGGAGGACAAACUACGUGUAUUGCAGAUAUCUGAUGAAAGUUCAAAAAAGGAAAUCCAGAUUCUGAAAAGUAAAUUGCAUAAUCAAGGUCAUCAGAUAAAAUAUCCUAAUAAAGCGAACAAUGAAAACGUGGACAUGAAGCAGCAAAAUUAUGAGCUCCAAAUUCAGCUAGAUACAUUACAACACAGACUGAAUGAGUUUAGUCGACUAAUUUUAGCCCCUCGUUUAACUUCUUCUGGAGAAAACAUUUCAGAUAAUGCCGUUGUGAAUUCCUUGGAACAAGAGAUUGAAUUGACUUGUACAAAGAAUGUGGACACAGAACAGCUUCACCUUCAAAUAAAUGGUGGUACUAAAUGCAACUAA